CAGUUAAAAGGUUCAUAUCAAGCAAUGGGAUUAAAGGGAUUUGCUGAAGGUGGCAUUGCCUCGAUUAUUGCUGGGGCUUCAACUCACCCUCUUGAUCUCAUCAAGGUCCGUAUGCAACUCCAAGGCGAAUCCCAAGCUAUCCGCCCAGCGCUAGCUAUGAACACGGGCGCUGGAAGUAUUACCCUGCCAACGACAGCUGCUCGUGUUGGACCUGUUUCUAUUGGAGUACGUAUCAUUCAAUCCGAAGGUGUUUCCGCGCUUUACUCCGGUGUUUCCGCCACUAUUCUUCGGCAGACAUUGUACUCUACCACACGUAUGGGACUUUACGACAUUCUAAAACAGAAAUGGACCGAUCAGGACUCGGGAACUAUGCCACUUGUGAGAAAAAUAGUGGCUGGACUCAUCUCCGGAGGUGUUGGAGCUGCUGUCGGAAACCCUGCUGACGUGGCGAUGGUUCGGAUGCAAGCUGACGGACGACUCCCUGUCGAUCAACAUAGAAACUACAAGAGUGUAGUUGAUGCUCUAACUCAAAUGUCGAAGCAAGAAGGCAUUGCUAGCCUGUGGCGCGGCUCAGGUCUUACGGUGAACAGAGCGAUGAUCGUAACAGCGUCGCAGCUUGCGUCGUACGAUCAGAUCAAGGAGAUGAUCUUGGAGAAAGGCGUGAUGAGUGAUGGAAUUGGGACACAUGUGACGGCGAGCUUCGCGGCCGGGUUUGUGGCUUCGGUGGCGUCGAACCCGAUUGAUGUCAUAAAGACUAGGGUUAUGAACAUGAGGGUGGAGGCAGGGGCAGAGCCCCCGUACAAAGGGGCAUUCGAUUGUGCUAUGAAGACAGUGAGAGCUGAAGGGGCUAUGGCAUUGUAUAAGGGAUUUAUCCCAACAAUUUCCAGGCAAGGACCCUUCACAGUUGUGCUGUUUGUCACUCUAGAGCAAGUCAGGAAGCUGCUUAAAGAUUUUUGAGCCAAAUCAAACAUCAUAUUCUUAUAGCAUUUGAUUUUCAAUAAUUAUUCUUUAUUUUUUGUAGUAUGAGAAAAAUAAUGUUCAAUUACUGUAAAUGAAUAUUUACUUUUAUAAAUUAUACAGUUUAUUCUAUA